GAAGUCUCUCUGCCGGAGCACCACUGGAAUGGAUCGAAGAAGAGUCCCUUGCACGUGUUUGGGGUCUCCUGAAUUGAGCACCGAUGUCGAGACGAGGGUCCUGGUCAUAAACACCGGCGGAACCAUCGGAAUGGUCUUGCAUGAUGGAGUUCUGUCUCCAGAACCCAAUGCUCUUGUCAAAACUCUGCGCAAACUCCCCAUUCUGCAUGAUAAAAAGUAUGCAGAAAAAACAAAGCUGUAUGAAUGUUACAAGCCAGAGGACAAAACACUGGUGCUGCCAAAAUCUAAACUGGACAAGAGGGUCGUGUAUACAUUUUUAGAGUAUUCUCCCCUGCUUGACUCCAGUAAUAUGACCCCGAAUGACUGGACCACUAUUGGAAAAGACAUUGAGAAAUACUACCAGGAAUAUGAUGGUUUUGUCGUUCUGCACGGCACAGACACAAUGGCUUACACCGCCUCUGCCUUAUCCUUCAUGUGUGAGAACCUGGGAAAGCCCGUCAUCCUUACUGGCUCACAGGUGCCCAUCUUUGAGACGAGGAAUGAUGGAAGGGACAACCUCGUGGGGGCGCUGUUGAUUGCAGGACAGUUUAACAUCCCUGAAGUUUGCCUCUAUUUUCAUCAUAAGCUGUACCGAGGCAAUCGUGUCACCAAAGUGGACUCUGGAAGCUUUAAAGCAUUCGCCUCACCAAACCUGCCACCAUUAGCCAAUUCUGAAGUCGACAUCAACAUUAACUGGGAUACUGUGUGGCGACCCAGCACGAUUAGCAAAUUCACAGUCUACACUGAAAUGAACCACAAUGUGGGUCUCCUGCGACUCUUCCCGGGGAUCACUGCUGAUACAGUCAAGGCCUUCUUGAAGGCUCCCAUGGAGGGAGUCAUUUUGGAGACGUACGGCAGUGGUAACGCCCCAGACAACCGCCCUGACCUGCUGGAUGAGAUCCAUAAGGCGACCAAGAGAGGACUCAUCAUGGUCAACUGCACUCAAUGUCUCAGGGGCACGGUCACAAUAUCAUACGCCACUGGCCAGGCUCUGAGUAAGGCCGGUGUGGUUGCUGGGUUUGAUAUGACCCCAGAAGCUGCACUAUCAAAACUCUCCUAUGUGCUGGCAAAACAAGACCUCAGUUUAGAAGAGAAGAAGGAGAUGAUGAGUCGUAAUCUGCGUGGUGAGAUGAUGGCUGACGUGCAGGGAGCAAAGCUUUCUCUCAGCGACAGUCGCUUUAUUGAAAUUAUAGCUAGGACCCUCAGCAUUGGCUGUAAAGAGGAGCUUGAAGCCUUACGAGAUGCACUAACACCCACUCUGGCCUGUGCUGCUGCAAAGAAUGGAGACAUUGAGGCUUUAGAGGCCAUAAGGGAUAUGGGAACUGACUUGAAUAAGGCAAAUUAUGAUGGCCGCACUCCCCUUCACAUCGCCGCAUGUGAGGGUCAAGUGAAUGUAGUGGAGUAUCUGCUGGGUAAAGGGGUCAGCAUCUAUGCCAAAGAUCGCUUUGGUGAUACACCCCUUCGCAACGCCAUUCUCCUCAGACAUAAGGAUGUCGUGGAGCUGCUGAGGAAGUGUGGAGCUCACCUGUCCCGUGAUGAAUUGCAGGAUAUUGGAACGGAACUGUGCCGUCUUGCUACAAGUGGUGACUUGGAGGGAUUGAAGAUUUGGAAGUUAGCUGGGGUUGAUAUGGCCACAUCUGGGUAUGAUGAGAAGACCCCUGUUGAAGUGGCAAGAGCCUUUGAACAAAAGGAGGUUGAGGACUUCCUAAACGCUGCUUAGGGCCAAAUUCAGAAUGGGGAGUUUAUCAGGAUUACUUCUUGUCCAACAAGAUCCUGAGGAGUCUAGCUGUCACUUCCUGCCAUUAUCAUCUGUCCACAUUCUCAUUUUUAGCAAAAGUUGCUUUUUUAAAAAAAACAAAAAAACAAAAAAAACAACAACAAAACAGUUUAAAACUUAAAGAGCGCCAAGUCCAUAAUGCUUUAACAGUAAGCUUUUAGAUUUUAAUUUUUAUGUUCAUGGUAAACCAUGAGAAAUCAUUAUUUCUGCUUAUGCACUUUUUCAGAGUAUUUUACAGUCAGGAUACUGUAACUACUGAUUUCAAAAUGAUCUGAAAAUAUUUUUUGGGAUGAUAAUAUUUUCUGUGAUUUUGUGAUGACUACAUUUACAUUUAUUCAUUAAAAGCUUUUAUCCAAAUGAGGAACAUUUUUCUGUGUCUAUCACAUUCUGAUUAAAUGUGAAUCAUAUACAUACACAUUUAGAAAAUUUUGAAAUUCAUUGAGCUGAAAACCAUUAACAUUUUCACUGUUGGACCAUUUAUAACAAUAACAUAAGCACAUGAUAGUUAUGGCUGACUAGAAAAAAGAAAGAAACAGAGAAA